GUUUCUUUUACAGACACCCCCCCCCCCCAUAAAGUAACUACAACUACAAAGGAACAAGUGGGAAAGCAUAAUCAUUCAACAUACUCUUACAUCUACUCCACUGCAACAAACAGGGUAAAAAAAAAGGAGCGACCACUCCGUGACGAGCUAAGAUUGGUAAUUUGAGCAGCCAGGGCUUUAGAUAAAUGGCUGACAAGCAGAUCAGUUUGCCUGCCAAAUUGAUCAAUGGAGGGAUCGCUGGCCUAAUUGGAGUGACCUGUGUGUUUCCCAUUGACCUGGCCAAGACUCGUCUGCAAAACCAGCAAAAUGGAUCUCGCCUUUACACCAGCAUGUCAGACUGCCUUAUUAAGACCAUCCGGUCAGAGGGGUAUUUUGGGAUGUACCGAGGAGCUGCGGUGAACUUAACACUAGUCACGCCAGAGAAAGCCAUCAAAUUGGCCGCCAACGACUUCUUCAGGCAGCACCUCGCCAAGGAUGGUAAACUCACUCUACUCAAAGAGAUGCUGGCUGGGUGUGGCGCAGGUACAUGCCAGGUUAUUGUCACAACUCCCAUGGAGAUGUUGAAAAUCCAGCUCCAAGAUGCUGGACGCAUUGCUGCUCAGAGGAAGCUGAUGCCAGAGACAGUGGCAGCAGGCACUGUAGAGACCAAAUCCCCAACAGCCAUUCAGAUAUCAAGAGAGUUACUGAGGGAAAAGGGCAUAGCUGGGCUGUAUAAAGGCCUUGGUGCCACAUUGCUCAGGGAUGUUCCUUUCUCCAUCAUUUAUUUCCCCCUCUUUGCCAAUCUGAAUAAACUGGGCACGAAAGGUGACGGUCCUGCACCUUUCUACGUGUCAUUUAUAUCAGGCUGCCUCGCAGGGAGCACAGCGGCUGUUGCUGUCAACCCCGUCGACGUGAUAAAGACUCGACUGCAGUCACUGAACAGGGGGGGCACAGAAGACACGUACAGUGGCGUGACAGACUGUAUCAGGAAAAUCUUGCAUAAUGAGGGUCCGUCGGCCUUCCUGAAAGGAGCCUACUGUCGAGCCUUGGUCAUUGCACCCUUGUUUGGCAUCGCCCAGGUGAUCUACUUCCUGGGUGUGGGUGAAUUUUUACUCAGCUACUUGCCUAAGAAAGACAACUAAGAAGCGCCUCCUUUCUUCAUCUCCCUCCCGUAGUAGAUCUCAUCAACAACAUGAAAAUCACCUCAUUCUGGAGUUUUUAUUGGGUCAAAGCACGAUCACUUACUUAAUCUUUUUUUUUUUUUUUUUUUUUUUAAAUUUGUUGAAUGUUGAAAUGAUUUAGGAAAGAUCAUUUGUUUGCCAAGCUGCCUAUGGUGGCACACAAAGUUCCAGUAGGCAGUUUCAGCUAGCUCCCUGGAAGUGAAGCCACAAAUAUCAGUUGAAUUUUAUUGCAUCAUUGAAUAUGAUUGUCGAAUUUAAAAGUAGGUGCACUGCCAUUGGUUGCUGCAGUUCUACAGGCCCUAUUUUAUGUUAUUUUAUAAAAAAAACAAAAACCAACAUAAGUCACAGAGAUAGUCAUUUACAGUAAAUGUAACCCCUAAGUAGUGACCAUUAGCUCUGGUCAAAUAUAUACUAAGAUGCUAUAUAAUAUUUUUUCCCAGACACUAUUUCUAAAGUAGAAAGUAAGUAGAGUAAAUGAUAUGCCUAUGCUCAGACAAAGACCCAGGGAAUGUGUUAAUGUGAUAACAGCACCUAUGAUCUUUCCUGAGAAACCACUUCCCUUCCUGUACACGGUUGUAAUGAACUCAGCCAUUCAGCUCCAAGCAUACUUUGAUUGCCCCUGCCUUUUAAGUAGAUCAGGUUCCAGCUGUUAUUUAGAGCUACAAUAAUGGUUCAAUUGUAAAAGACACUAGACUGAAGAGGCAUUGUACUAUAUUUGGGCGUUAUCUGCAAGUCACAGAAUUACAAAAAGUACACCUUAUGUGCUUCUUUUUUUGUGCCGCUUGAGAGUUGAAAAUUCUUAAUCAUGUUGUACUCGAGGACACACCCCAAUCAGUGAUUUCACAGCAGGGGGUUUGUCUGUGAGGGAGGAGGGGAGACACCUGCUGUGACAUCACUGAUUGGGUUGCAGCGUGAUUUAAACUCUCAGUCCACAGUGCAGUUUUCCUCUGAGUGAGUCGUCAUGAGUUCAGGAGAACGCAUUAGCUGUGAACACUAGAGUGACAGAUUAUUAGUAGAAAUUCACUUAUUAUGCUGAUGAAUUGUCAGACAUCAUCUGCCAAGGCCUCAUGAGCACAGUCGCCCAUUUGGAGCCGGUUAGAAUUGAGCUAGAUCCACUCAUGACCCCUUAGACGCUAGACCAUUAUUGUUGUUUACAAACGAGUGAAGGCUUAAUUUCAUUUUUUGUUUUGUUUUUUAUACUCUGAACUUGAACCCAGUGGUAGGACCCAAAGAUCUAAUGAAAACUCUUUCUUUAUCGGAAGAUGAGAGCAAUGUGUUUUCAGCGUUCUGCCGUUGUUUUAACCAAACAUCUCUGCUUGUUUGCUUUAAGAGCUGCUUGGAAAAGCAGCCGCGUCGUGUCUUUGUUUAUGCAUCAUCCCACUGAAGCCCUGCCGUUGGUUUAUCUUGCCGUAGAUCAAGGUGACUUUGAGGUGUGCUCGUCCAAUCACAUUCUCACUCCCGCCGUUCAACCAACUCUCUUCAGUUGUCCUGUUGCACUGUAGAUAUGCAAUGCAACUCUCCAGUGCGCUAUCAUUUGUGGGAAUGAGGUUUAUUUAUCAUAUAUUCCGCGGUAUAGUACUAUAUACAGUAUUUGUGUGUGUGUUGUUUUCUCUGUGUCAAAGUGUCCACCUUAACUAUAUUGUACAUAUACAGACGAUAUGAAUUUUAUGUUUAUUAGGAUUUAUUGUUUUGUAAUAAUGGCUUAUUUGCACACCUACCUCUCCAGCUCCCCCCCCCCCCCAUCCAUGUUGUGGUGGUUUUAUUUUAAGAUCAUGUGGACAUAUCAAAUGAAGGAACAUGUUUUAAUGCAACUGGUAUCAUCUGCACAUACAAAUGCAGCAUAUUAAUGAGGGUUUAUUACUCUAUAAAAGGGAAACACUAGUGGGGAUUUCACACCGUGUUUUUAGAGGUGUCCCUUUCUGCACAGCUAUAAAAAUCUGGCGGUCAGCUCAUUGUCCUGUUUCCUACAAGCUACAAGCUUCAUGACGUUGUACAUGAAGGACUAAAUGGCACUAUUUACAAACACACUUUAGAAAAGGCCGACGUGGACCAGACAGUGAAUCUGUUAGCCUUUCUGAAGGGUGCUUCUCUCACGAUGUAGCUGCAUUAUGACAGUGGCUGCACAAACGACCAAGGCUGUACCGACUGAUUUACAUGCUAGCAAAUCUCAAUGUUAUGUGUGUCUUAACUGAAAGCCAUAAGUAAGGUCAUCGACUGGCACCUCCAGUGAUGUUGACAGAUGACGAGCGGAGCCUCAGAAAAAAAACAAAAGACCUGCCUUCUCAUGUGAGCUUGACCAUGAAAUACUGAUGUAGUUUUCUCAACAUUGUAAUUGCCAGUUUAUCUCAUAUAUAUACCAUUAAUGUGAUCAUAAUGCCUAUUUAUGUGUUGUUGAGAUGAUUGUAAUGAUUUUUUUUUCAACCUUCCAAAAUGUUCUUUUUUUUUGGUCUGUUUUUUGUUGAAUCUUGAAAAAUGUCGUGCAAGUGAUUUUGUUUUCUCAGCUGUGAAUCUUGACCUUGAGCAUUUGGAUUUGUCCGUGCGUGUGUUUCUGGCUGUGCAGUGCUGUAGCUGGUGUGUAGAUGUUAGUGUGACACUGCGGUAUUUUUUUUUUCUCUUUGAUUGUCAGACCCGUGCUCUUCCCUCGUCCCCUCUCUUUAUCACAAUGAUCCCCCCCCCCCCCCCCAGCAUCCACUAGCCAGGGUGCAGGGAAACAGAGAGGAGCUACAAUCACCAAAUGGAGGACUUAGAGUGUAUACAAUCAAAGAAAGCACAAAGGAAUAUUAGGCACAAGUGACCACAUAGCCCAUGUUAAACACUCAGACAAACUCCUUGUGAAACUGCUUUUGCAGACAUGGAUCAAAGAAUAAUUCCAAGAGAUGUUGACCAAGAUGAACUUUUAGUUUUGUAAGAACGUUUCUGUAAAACUUGACCUACAGGGCUGAGACAACAGGUCCAUUAUAAGAGAAACCCAUCUGAUGGUGCCCACUAUGUUACCCAUCAGCAGUUAAGUGACAACAUGUAUAAUAUUGCCUACAUAUUCUAACUAAAUCAGAUUUAAGAAUGUAUCUUAGCUAUUAUGAGAUGUAUUAUAAUUAUUGUGAAGAGUUUAUUACAUUUUAAUGUAAAAGGAGUUGUGCUUUACACAUUCACGGAGAAAUUCACAAACCAGCUCACGAUAUGCAAUAAGAAGAAGCCACACACACACACACACACACACACACAGAUGGACACUAGAAAAAAACACCUGAACACAACUAUUCAGUCACAACAUCACACAAUGUAUGAAUAAUGCAACUGGGACCUCAGAGGCCUUCUGGGGUCUGAGCUCUGUCCACAACCUCUGUACUCUUCCUCCAAGAGGAAUUGUGCAUUAUAGCACUUUAAAAAAACAAGGACCACACCCGACUGUCCAUCUGCAAAGUGUCUAUGACAGAGGGUUUUUGUAGUGAAUGGCACAGUUGUUCUCGACAUUCUUUACAAUGCAAUGGAAAAAAAAAAAAAAAGGUAAAAUAAAAUGUUGUAUUCCCUGUCACAAUUUGCCGUUCAAUAAACUUACUGUCCCAAAAAUCA